UGUGUGGUUAGGUUGUGGCUGGCUGAGCUUGUAACUAGAGUUUUUAUCCCCUAAUAGCCAAAACCGGGAUAUCGGACCUAAACUUUGGGCUUUCACCGCGCUGAUGAUCUGGCAGGCAUUGAGCCUGUCACCAAAAGAGAUAACGUGGCCACUCCUAGAUUGUAUCUCCACCCACUGGCUUGACUGAAAGAGAAAAUCCCCGUGGAGGAUAUCUGAAUUUAGUGCUCUUCAUUCAUGACUUCCAUCAGGAGUCGUAGAUGCAGUGCGCUGAAACAUAUAUACAUCGCCCAACUGGGGGCGCAAAACAGGUAUGCGCUUUCAGUUCCCCCUAUGAGAAUUUCCCUGGACCUCCACUGCACAUUGGAUGACUAGUGCAGUCUAUGGAUACACCACCUACUGAGGAUUUCUACAACAUUAUUUUUUUAUUUUAUUACGUGGAAAAAACGUGUCUUUGAAGCGAGAUUCCCUAUUUCAGGCCUGUCGAAAUUUUCUGUUUGUUUCUGCAGGCAGUUUCUCUGCGACAGAGGGUGUAGAAUUUUUAAGAUCAGGCAAGAGCACUUGCACCAAAGGAUUAGUCCUUAAGGUAGGGAGGGGAUCACUCAUCUUCAGCUUGAAAGAACCAGAUGAGGUGGAAACUACACGGCAGCAGAAAAGUUGAGAUGCACACCACUCAGUUUACAUAUCCUGCUUCAUACAAAGGUACAAUCCGAUAACGAAGGAUGGCUCAGAACAAUAUCAUAUCAACGGUCAAAACUAUCCCUUUUCAGCAGCGAAAGGCCUAAAUUUCUUUCUCUCUAGGCAGCCAACUGGAAUGGUGACUAAGCCAUUACUAUAACUAACUACCAGCCAAUCAGCUGGCUCGACUUCACCUCUUCUUCCAUAUCAUUUCUGUGACAUAUAUAGCAUCUAAGGAAUCAAACAUCCUUCUUACACGCCCACCUACCCCCAGAAUAAUGUGCUGAAAUGAGAUUAAUUAUAUAGAGGGCCUGCAAGCAUGGUGUCCCUCUGGCCAUGGAAGGGUUCCGGUACUUCACCAGCGGAGUUCGAAAAGACGCUGUCCAGCUUAUCUGCGAAGAUUACGCGCGCAACUACUCGGCUGGACAGCCACAGACAACGUUCUCGACGAUAUAGGGUCUUGUGGACCUUGUACACCUCAUUCGCAUACCUUCUCUACUCGAUCAUCGUCAUACUAGUGCUCGGAUGGCAAAAUUGGGGUCCCUGUGAAUAUUCCACUGUGGCAGGUGGUCCAGUUGUGAUCUACGUCGUGCGCCUUGGCCUCGAUAAAUAUUACCAGUACCGCAUUUCCGGCACGCAACAUCAUCUCGAUGAGCUCCACAAACAGCGGGAUGCAACCAUCGAGAAACUAAAGGAGGCUACAAAGUAUAACUCCACCCAGCAACUUUUAGAAAAAUAUGGCGGGGACUCUCCCAAAGGCCCAGCUUCCGGAGCAGGGGGGGCAGCAGCUAAUAAGAAGAGGGAUCCGCGAAUGAGAGCGUCACUUCCACUCCCAGGCACAGGUGGAAGAACGGGGAUCCCUCCACCUCCAACUGCAAAUAUCCCACGAGUCCAACCAGACUCGGUGCCGACAUCGCCAAUUCGAUCUCCCCCCAUCCCCGAUCCGCGCCACACGCCAGGCCCAUCCAACUUAAACCCGAAUCCGCGUCAACAAGAACAGUUAACUCAGCACCUUCCACAUCCAGUCGACGAGCCAGGCUUCGCUCCUAAUGCUUUCCCCCCUUCCCAACCCCACCAACAACACGCUGGCUCACUACAACCUCAUUGGUACGAUCGAAUUCUCGACGUCCUACUAGGCGAGGAUGAAACCCUUCCAAAGAACCGCCUGGCACUCAUAUGCACCCAAUGCCGCCUUGUGAACGGACAGGCUGCCCCGGGCAUUCGCAGCCUGGAAGAGAUUGGCCACUGGCGCUGCGGAUCCUGCGGCGCCUUGAACGGGGAAGAAAGCGAAACGAAUAAGGCUCUCGCAGGAAUCCAAGAGGCAGCAGCCGCCAACGCUGCUGCCGCCAGCCCAUGUACAGACCCUAGCCGCAGUGGUGGCGAAGCCGGUGCCGGUACCGGCCAGGCUGCCCGCAGUUGGGAUCAGAACCCAUCGCAUCAUCCACCUGGAAUUCAUGAACCUUCGCGGUCAUCUAGACGUGGUUCGGGAAUGGAUGCGGAGGGAGUUUGGGAGCCAGCUUCAGGACGGGGAAGCCAUAGCAGUGAGGUGGAGUCAGCGAACUUUUCUGCGGGAGAGGGCACGGAUGCGAGCAUGGGUAUGCUCGUUGGCCGUACAAGUAGCGAAGGGGAGGAAUAUUAUGACGACGAUGAGGGAAUUGAAGAUUCCGAUGAUGAAGAAGAGGUGGAGGUGGAAGAGGCGCAUGAAGUACAUCAAGAGAAGGGUUUCGAAGACAGAAAGGGCCUUCGCAAGCGAGGGGGGAUAUCGGACAAGAAUAAGUCUGGGAGCCCGCUGCUGCAACCAAGGUCUGAUAAUGGAAUAGCAACUCGGACGCGUUCGAAGUCACCGCGGAAAACGCCAUAGGGGUAGUCACCUGGUGGACGAGACGGCGUCUGCAGGGAUUUAUAUAUCUAGCCAUAACUGCAUAUGAAGCGAGAAAAUUCGGUGAAGUGAGCGAGAGACACGCAGGAUUGCUACAACCAGUAACUAUUGUAUGGCUACUAUCAUCAUUCCACCUUUCCUAUUUUUUUUUAUUUUUUUUAUUAUUAUUUUUUUUACCUCCACACUCCAGCAUUGACUACCUACAUCAUUUGAACCGUGCUUUGGCGUGACUUGUUUGUUUACUUGCAUGCUUUGUACUCAUAUACUCACACGUUCCUUUCAGCUUUCUGUUGUCCAAUUAGUACCCAGCACGACUUAGGCUGUUUUGUCCCUCAUAUGUUUUUUCCCUUUCACGAUGUAUUUAGCUAUAUCACUCACCAUUCCAUGAUAUACAGGAAUUCUAAACUGCAAGUAUCAUCCGCCGACCUUCCUAAUGAUGCAGUUAUUGGUACGCGUCUACCCUAGCAGAGGUUUUUUUAAACCUAUUUCAUACAUCAGAGAAGGGUCAUGAAAGGUAUGGAAGUGCUCAGCAGAACAUCAUUCUUAUCGAUAAACUGUACCAUUGGAAUUGAGGCAAAAGUAAACUCGAAAAGUGCAGAGUGAGCUCGGUAUUGAAACGAAAAGAGACAAACGGAAAUAAGAAAGGGCGAAAAAAAACACAGAAACGCUCCAAUUGAGUGUGGGGAGCAGGGAUGUCAGUGUAGCUUGCAAAAUGACGUAGAAGCCAGCCAUGACAAAAUAGUCAUUUGUUGGAAGGUAUAUAUCCAUUGCAUGCGCCACACAUUCUAAUGUAUUGUACACGUACAUAUAUGCGAGACGCACUUAAUAGAAAUCAAACAGAAUGAAACAGCUUAAAUACUAGCCCUCCUAGGCGCCAUGGUCCUUCUUAAAUUCUUCUUCUCCUCCGUCUCUUCCGGCAACGGCAG